UUAUAGGGGGUAGUAUCUGUGUAAUCAGCUAACCCAAGGACCACGUUGAUGUCACUUACACAACUUUAGGGACCACUCUGAGUUCAUUAAAAUAACAUUAGGGACCUUUUUGAGGCUCGAUUUGAAACUUUGUGACUGGCUUGUUGAAUUUGCAGGGUCUUAUUCAUGCAGUUCAGGAUGUGUUCCCAAAUGUCCAUCACAGAUUCUGUGUAUGGCAUUUAUGGAGGAACUUCAACAAACAGUGGAAGGAUAAUCAGCUUAGAGGUUUGCUUUGGGAGUGUGCACGGUCUACGACUCAAGAGGAAUUUGUGGAAGGGAUGAAAAAAUUGGAAAGGCUAAAUAAGGAUGCUUGGAGUUAUCUAUGCAAAUGGCCAAAGAAUUCAUGGAGCAGGGCAUUCUUCAGCAUUGCACCAAAAAUGGACAAUAUCUGCAAUAAUGCAUGUGAGGUUUUCAACUCACGGAUCAAGGACCCUAGAGCCAAGCCUAUUAUCACACUGUUGGAGGAGGUCAGGAUGUACAUCAUGAGAUCUAUAGCCAGGAACAAGGUGAAGUUGAGGAACAGUGACGGGAUUUUACCUCCAAUACAGAAAAGUAGGUUGGAAAAGAUAAGAAAGGAAUCAAAAAAAUGGGUUCCCAUGUGGUCUGGUGAUGCAGAUUACGAAAUAUUUGAAGUUCAUGGGUGGCCUACAAAUAUGGCUGUGGACUUAGGCAAGAGAUCAUGCACCUGUGGUUUUUGGCAACUAAGUGGGAUGCCAUGUGUGCAUGCAUGUGCCCUUUGGCCCGGGCUGGUAGAAGGCCAGAUGAAUUCUGUCAUAGCUGGUUGACCAUGGAAGCAUACAACAACACCUAUGGCUUCCAUAUAAAUCCAAUUCCUGGCCAGGCACUGUGGGAGAAAUCACCUUAUAAUAGACCUCAAGCACCAAAAUUCAAGAAGAAGCCAGGGCCAAUCAAGAAGAAAAGAAGAAAGGAUGCUGAUAAAGAGCCAAGUAAAGGCAAGAAGCAGAAGACCUCAAUGAAAAGAGUUCAUAAAAAAGGACAUUGUCGCUAUUGUGGUGAAUCUGGUCACACAAAGAGGAACUGUCAUAAGAGGGCCGUUGAUGAAGAAUCAGCUGCUGUGGCGGCGGCUGCUGCUGCUGCUAAUUCUGAUGCUAAUGGAGGUGAGGUCAACAAUUCUGCUCCAACUGCUGCUGUAAAUGGUGGUGAUGCCCCAACUGUGUCACAGGAUCAGGUUGAGAUUCAACUUGAUCUUAGUCAGCCUAUUAUGUCAGAAACUGAUGACUCGCAACAGGUGCAACAACCUCCUGUUCGGCCAUCGAAACUGCCUCCUAAGAGAAAGUUAUCCACACCCAGUGCUACCACCCAACCAUCCAGCACCCCAUCUGCAAGCACUCCAUCUCUUCCAUCUGCAAGUACUCCAUCUGCAAGCACUCUCCUAACAAGUAGUCAGCCUGCAAGCACUGAAACAGCAACGAAUCUACCAGCAAUGCGAUUUGUGCCUAAUCCGGGAUUCAAGCCACCCAGAACCAAGAAUUAG